CUUAAGUCUCUCUCUGUCAAUGAAUGGCCUCUUGACAUUUUCAGCGUAUACUUUUCAAUAUAAGGCCGGUGGACAAUGAAGGAAUCAUAUUAUUCAGCAACCACAAAUUUGAUACUAAGACCCUUGAAGUCGAAUGCCAUUUUAGAGAUUACAAAAAUCGAGGGUGUGAGAGUGAGAGACACACAAAUACAAUGUUAAUAAUAGGUUCCUGGAGGCAGCUUUUCUUCAUAGUUGUUGUUGUUGUUGGUCUCCUCCAGCCAGCUGCUGCCUACAUAGGUCACAGUUGUCACGGUAGUUUCAACUACAGCAAUGAUAGUAGGUACAAGGCAAACCUUGACACCCUCCUCUCCUCCGUAGCUUCUGACAUCAACUACUAUGGCUUUUAUAAUUCAUCCUAUGGGGAAAACAAUGACACAGUUAAUGCAAUCGCAUUUUGUAGAGGAGAUGUUGGGAUCGAUACCUGUCGUGUUUGUGUCAAUCAAUCUAGUGCUAUAAUCAUAGAAAAAUGUCCUAACAAAAAGGAGGCAAUUGUAUGGUAUGACAAUUGUACGUUGCGUUAUUCCUACCGCUCUAUAUUCCAUAAGAUGGAAACUUCGCCUCCUUUUGCUAUGAGCAACGAACAUAAUGCAUCCAACGUGGAUCAGAUUGAGUCGCUGACAACCUUGUUGAACCGCCUAAAGGACAAAGCUGCUUCAGGUGACUCUAAUAUCAAGUUUGCAACGGGGAACGAGCAAGCACUGGCCUUCCGAAUGUUUUUUGCGCUUGUGCAGUGCACCCCUGAUUUAUCUAAGCACCAAUGCAUCGAUUGCCUAGAUGGUGCUGCUACAUGGAUUCCAAGAUCUUCUAAUGGACAGCUUAAUUGGGGAGCCAGAGUUAAUUUACCCAGCUGCAAUCUUAGGUUUGAGUACUAUAUUUUCUAUGGUGACAACAUCAUGGAUGCACCACCACCGCCACCACCACCGCCACAGCCACCGUCACCGCCACCGCCACCACCGGAGACGAAAAAAAAUGGAGCAUUAGUUGCAAUCAGCACAAGUGUAUCUUCAUUUGUUGUGCUAGCCCUGCUUGGGUCCAGUAUUUACUACUAUUGGAGAAGGAAAAGAAAAGAGGAAGACAGGGAAAAUAGACAAGACGUUCAAUUAAUCAACUUGGCAAAUGAUAGAAUACUUAAUCAUCCCUACGAGAUUGAAAAUUUAGGAGGAGAAAAUGGGGUGAAUUCUCAAGAAUUACCUUUGAUCCAAUUGGAUAUCAUACAGGCAGCUACACAACAUUUUUCUGAAGAAAAUAAGCUCGGAGAAGGUGGAUUUGGUCCGGUGUACAAAGGAACAUUAGAAGAUGGAAAGGAAAUUGCGGUAAAGAGGCUCUCAAGAACUUCAGGCCAAGGACUGCAAGAGUUCAAGAAUGAAGUUAUUUUAAUUGCAAAACUACAGCAUAGGAAUCUCGUCCGACUCUUGGGUUGCUGUUUGGAUAGAAACGAAUUCCUGCUCAUCUAUGAAUACAUGCCCAACAAGAGCUUAGAUUUAUUCCUUUUUGAUUCCACUAAAGGUGCACAUCUGGAUUGGAAAACACGUCUUAGAAUUAUUCAUGGAAUUGCUCGUGGUAUUUUGUACCUGCACGAAGAUUCUCGACUCAGAAUUAUUCAUAGGGACCUUAAAACUAGCAACAUUUUGCUGGAUCAUGAGAUGAAUCCAAAAGUUUCAGACUUCGGAAUGGCAAGGAUUUUUGGAGGAAAUCAAAUUGAAGCUAACACAAAUAGAGUUGUUGGAACAUAUGGGUAUAUGGCACCAGAGUAUGCUAUGCGGGGAUUAUUUUCUAUUAAAUCAGAUGUUUAUAGUUUUGGAGUUCUACUACUAGAGAUAGUGAGUGGGAAAAAGAAUAACAACCUCUACCAUUUUGAACAUGGUCAAAGCCUCCUUACAUUCGCAUGGAAAUUGUGGUGUGAAAACGAAGGGUUGGAGAUGAUGGACCCAUUACUUGGGCAGUCUUUUGUGGCAGAGGAAGUAUUGAAAUGCAUCCAUAUAGGAUUGUUAUGUGUCCAGGACGAUCCAGCACAUAGGCCAACCAUGUCAUAUGUAGUCCUUAUGCUGGGGAGCGACAGCAUAACCCUUCCUCCACCAGCACAACCAGUAUUUUCUUUUGAAACAGUACAAUCCUCACAGGAUAAUAAGACAUCCUCCAAUAACGUAGUAACUAUUUCAAAUGUAUCACCCAGGUGACUUUAUUUGUUAGUUUUUUUUUUUGGUUCUAUGUAAUUGAUGUGUAAGCAAAUAAAGUAGCAUACAGAGCAAUGUCAGACAUCCAUGUUCACUAGUUCAUCACAAGCUGAACAUGCUCAUGUUCUCCUUAUCUAACACCUUUUUUCUUUUGAAGACUGGAAGCGAAUUAAACCACGUGAAUGGGCUUGGCUUCCCUUUUGGAAUAUGGACAGUAAGAGAAAAUGCAGAACCACUAUAAGCUACAACAAUCAACAUAAUAUGGAGCACUCCACUAUAAGCUACAACAAUCAACAUAAUAUGGAGCACUCGUAUUUUGAUGGGUUGGGAUUUUGAUUCUCAUAACCUGAAAAUAUAUAUUGACAACCCCAUGGGAGGCUUUUGCUCUUCCGCUGUAUACUGGGUUUUGUUCCUUUUCAAUUUGAUUUUCGUCCUUCAUUUGUUUAUUUGUAAAUAGUAGCCAAUUUGUAAUUUCUUUUAUUUAUUUAUUUAUUUAUUUUUAUUAUGUAAAUAAUCUGAUUUUGUUUCUUCUAUGAUCUGAAUUUAAAUUCACCCAUUAAUAUUCAAUUUUAGUUUUUAUUA